CCGAGGCGAGGAAGAGGAGGAGGAGGAGGAGGAGGAGGAGGAAGAGGAAGGGGUUGGAGGGAGGAAGGGAAGGUGGUGGGGAAGAUGUUCGCCUCGGUGGGCCCUCGGGGCGGCCCGCGCCCACCCGUCGCCCCGACCAUCCCGGAGCCGGACCUGAGCCAUCUGACGGAGGAAGAGAGGAAGAUCAUCAUGGCUGUGCUGGCUCGGCAACGGGAGGAGGAGGCGAAGGAGGAGGCCAUGUUAAAAGAAGAGAAGCCUAUCCAAGCAAGAACGGUGAACCUGGUUGGGCAGAAGAAACCUCCGCAGCAAAACGAUGUCCGAGGCAUCCAGCAGCAGUUGUCCAGUUACAGGGAGACGGUAAUCCGGCAGGCCUCAGCGGCUGCGGGUUCGGCCGUUCACCGGGACGACGCGCCAACCUGCGGCAUCUGCCACAAGACCAAGUUUGCAGAUGGCUGUGGGAACCUGUGCUCGUACUGCCAGACCAAGUUCUGCGCCCGCUGUGGAGGGAGAGUGUCUCUGCGAUCCAACACGCAAGACAAAGUGGUGAUCUGGGUGUGUAAUAACUGCCGGAAGCAGCAGGAGAUCCUCACCAAGCCAGGCGAGUGGUUCACUGGUCCAUCUGGAAAGCCGGCUGGCCUCGGAUCAGCUGUCAGCGAGCCGUCUGUGUGCCAAACACCCGGGGAUAAGAAGCUCCGAUCUCGCUCUCAAGCACCCCCGGGCUCCACCACCGUAAUCCAAGACCCCAACCGACCCGGUGCACCUGGGACCACACCUGGCACAGAUGCACGGUCACGUAGCGAACCACCACGAGACACGAGAAAUGGACGGGGAGGUGGAGGAGCCGGUCGGGGAGAGCGGCGGCCAGGCCAGCCCAGGCUGCAGACCCAGGUCUCUAUGGACCGGGACCUCCGCGGGGAGUCGAGGGAGCGCAGGGAAAGCAGGCGACUGACAAAGGGACGCUCUUUGGAGCAUGAUCCUGUUGGAGGAGGUGGUGGAGUAAGACGGACAGAGGAGGGGGGUUACCACCACAUGGACCACAACGGUUCUGCCCCUUGCCAAGCAGGGCUGGUCCCUCCUGGAGGCCGAGGACACCCUGUGCCCAUGCAGGGUCGUGGCAUGGGCGUAGUGGGGGAGGUUGGCGAUGGCGUUAGGCCUGGUCAGAGGACGGUGGGUGGGGUUGGUGGGCCGCAUGAACACACCCUUGCUCAGCAAGCCCCUCCCCCUGAACUCAGAGAGCCUCCUGGUUCAGGACCUGGCUCAGCCCCCGGCCAGGGACCAGUAGGGAGGCGGACCAAACGGGAGAAGGCCGAGAGCAUGCUGCGCAACGAUUCACUCAGCUCUGACCAAUCAGAAUCUCUGCGUCCACCUCCGCCAAGGCCCUACAAGUCGAAACGAGGGCUCGGAGCCGGAGGGAAGAGACAAACCAGUGUCAGCAGUUCAGAGGAGGAAGGGGGGACCACGCCUGAGUACAGCAGCUGCGAGGAUGCUGAGAUUGAAAGCGUCAGCGAGAGAGGUGACUGGGAGUGUUACCCACACGACCCCACUGUAUGGCAUCAUCCUGUAACCUGGCAGCCAUCUAAGGAGGGAGAUCAUCUGAUUGGACGAAUCACCCUCAGCAAGAGAAGCGCUGCAAUGCCUAAAGAAGCUGGAGCUCUGCUGGGGUUAAAGGUGGUGGGAGGCAGAGUUACAGAGUCAGGGAGAUUAGGUGCCUUCAUCACUAAAGUCAAGAAGGGCAGUCUGGCUGAUGUGGUGGGACAUCUUAGAGCAGGGGAUGAGGUUUUGCAGUGGAAUGGGAAGCUCUUACCAGGAGCCACCAUGAAGGAAGUUUACAACAUCAUCCUAGAGUCUCAAGCUGAACCUCAAGUGGAGCUGGUGGUAUCAAGGCCUAUUGGGGUGUGUAGAAAAUAUCAUGAUAUCCCAAGAAUCCCCGACACGUCCCACCCUCCAUUAGAAUCUACAGGUUCCAGUUCUUUUGAGUCACAGAAGACGGAGAGACCAUCCUUAAAUGUCCUAUCUCCCUCCAGUCCCGGGAUGCUCCAAGAUGCUCCACAGUUGAUGCCAGGGCAACUCUCGGUGAAGCUGUGGUAUGACAAAGUGGGUCAUCAGCUAAUAGUCAACGUGCUUCAGGCUGUAGAACUUCCGCUUCGGCCUGACGGACGGCCCAGGAGCCCAUACGUCAAAAUGUACUUUCUCCCUGACCGCAGUGACAAGAGUAAACGAAGGACAAAAGCAGUGAAGAAGACCUGCGAGCCUAAGUGGAACCAGACGUUCGUCUACACUCACGUCCAUCGCAGGGAUUUCCGAAACCACAUGCUGGAGCUGACUUUAUGGGACCAACCCAGGUCACCAGAGGAAGACAGCAUCUUUAUGGGAGAGAUCCUCAUAGAGCUGGAGACGGCCUUACUGGAUGACAAGCCUCACUGGUAUCCACUCCAAACCCAUGAUGUCUCAUCCAUACCACUGCCCCGACCUUCCCCGUACCUGCCCCGACGACACGCACACACAGACACCCCUGGCAAGAAGCUGCAGCCAGCAGAUGGGCGUGGCAGAGAGAGGCAGCGAGAGCCCACGUCUACUCUGGAGGUGCCAGAGCAGCAGAGGACACCCACCCAUCACAUACGAUCCCGCUCGGUCUCCCCACACCGCGAGGAACAGGGGCGCAUCCGGUCGCGGCCGCCCAACGUUCCCACCCAAAGGAGUUUGGAUGAUGAGCUUCCUCACGCUCGUCGUUCUCGUUCUCCAACCCGAUACCACGACGCUGCCAGAGGUCGCCACCAGGAGGAGGAGUUCCUAGACGACAGGGGCCACCUCCAAGGUGGUGCGUCUCUUUCCUCCUCAGUGACGUCCUCCUCAGCCCGCAGAGUGAGGCAACUCCCACAGCUUCCCCCCAAAAGCAGCACUGUAGAGCAAGCCCUGGUAGCAGAGGAGCGUGUUCGUCAGCUCCAGAUGAGGGUUCAUUCCAACCGAGUGUCAGCUGCCACCACCUCCAGCCAACAGGACCUGGACAGAGCCCUCAAGAACAAACGCGAGCUCUACAAGGAUCAGAGGAGGAGCAGUGAAAAUGUUUCCCAUAAGUCCUCAGACAGUGACAGUGUCAGCGACGUGUCAGCCAUCUCUCGAACCAGCAGUGCCUCUCGCAUCAGUAGCACCAGCUACAUGUCCAUCCAGUCAGAGAGACCCCGGGGACGCUUCAGUCGGGCCAUGCGUGCAACGGGCCGCCACAUGAUGAAGAGCACCAGUGUGAGUGGUGAGAUCUACGGCAUGGAGCAUGCUGAUGGCAGCCAAUCAGACACAGCACUGGGGAGCCUGGGAAGUGGGAUCAAGAAGCGGCGUUCAAGCCUCAGCCAACGUGUUGUUGCCAUCCUACCAUCCAGACGCAGCCGCAGUACCUCGCAACUCAGCCAGACAGAAGCGGCGGGUAAGGCGGUGGACAGACAGAAAGAGGCGUCAGCAGGAAAGAAGGUGGGUAAAGCCGGUAGCAGCAGCAUCCAGAGGAGUGUGGAGACAGGCAUGGCAGUGGAGUAUCCACGGGGAGGGUCAGCCAUGAACCGGCAAGCCAGCAGAGAGUCGACUGAUGGCAGCAUGAACAGCUACAGCUCUGAGGGGAAUCUGAUCUUCUCAGGGAUGCGGUUGGGUGCCGACAGUCAGUUCAGUGACUUCCUGGAUGGUUUGGGCCCUGGGCAGCUGGUGGGCCGGCAAACACUGGCAACACCUGCCAUGGGUGAUGUCCAGAUUGGUUUAAUGGAUAAGAAAGGCCAGCUGGAAGUGGAGGUGAUCAGGGCACGAGGCCUUACCCCCAAACCAGGCUCCAAAUCCCUCCCAGCUCCUUAUGUCAAGGUGUACCUGCUGGAUAAUGGAACUUGUAAAGCCAAAAAGAAAACCAAGAUUGCACGAAAGACUCUGGAGCCUCUCUACCAGCAGCACCUGCUCUUUGACGAGAGUCCGCAGGGCAAGGUGCUUCAGGUGAUAGUAUGGGGCGACUACGGACGAUUGGACCACAAAUGUUUCAUGGGUGUAGCACAGAUCCUAUUGGAGGAGCUGGACCUCUCAAGCACGGUGAUUGGCUGGUACAAACUGUUUCCACCAUCCUCAUUAGUGGACCCUACAUUAGCUCCACUCACCCGACUGGCAUCUCAGACGUCAUUGGACAGCUCAGGACCGCCGCCAGGCAUUCGGUCCUAGUGACCGGAUGGCAACAACAAACCCCUUAUACUCCUUAAAUGACAAAAUAAUGGACCACAGCUACUGGACCACAGCUGAGCAGAGGGCAAGAACCCGCCCCAAGAACGACAACAAGAAGCCCUCGUUCAACCAAUGAAAAGCCAGACGGAGAGACAGGGAAUGAGAGAGAGAAAGGGAGAGAGGGAGAGACAGAACUAGCCAAUCAAAGCUUAGCUGGAGUCUGACAAUCAUGUCUCACACCCUCCCUCUUCCUCCUCCUUACACCUUUUUGUUUUCAAAGCUUUGCUUCCUUAGUUUUCUCCUCUGACCUGCAGCAGUAGAGGUUUCUGUCCAGCAUUUUUCAUUUCUCUCUACUGUUUCUUUCUUUCUUCUGUUCUUACUUUCUUGUGCAGCCUCUAUCAGAGCACUCAAUCCAAGUGGAGUCAUCCACCCAGUAACGCCCCAGCCAGUCAGAGUAGAGCUUACUGCAAGGUCACAGAGAUGAAUAAUGUAAACAAUGUGUGGGAGUUAGUAAGUAGCAAAUUGACGCAGCUUCACGCAGCUGUGCUGUCAUGUAGAGUUUGGCUGUCGUCUCUACUGGUGUUACCAUGGUAACAGUGUCAUAGAUAAACACGAGGGGCAGCAGUUAGGCACAGUCUGGUAACCUCUUAAGGCGAAGGGAGCCUGCACACGCAUGUGCACAUUCUUAGCCUUGUUGUGAGACUCAAAAGCAAGCACAAGAAAAGCUUGACUUGUUUAUUCAGACAAACAGACAUUAAUGCUCUUUGUCUAAACAAAGAGGAAAGAAAAUAGAGGCCAACUUAAAUAAUAGUUUUUUAAAAAUUUGGAAUAAUUUUUUAAGUCCUUAUUUUGCCAAGAGUUCAGAAUGGUACCAUAAGGUGCAGACUCCCUCUGUGUAUGUGUUUGGUUUUCAAGCGAUGGUGCGCCAAAGGCUGAUGAUAAAGGUCAGGUCACAUUCGCCCAGACACCCUUCACCCAGUCCUCACCCCCCAACCCGUCUCUCUCCCUUCCUAAACCCUCAAACUCCCCCCUGUAGGAGGGAGCAGCAUGACUCGGGGAUGCCCCACCCCGGCCCCAAGCUGCAUGCACGUUUCUUUUGUUCCGUUUGUUUCGUUUUUUGUUUUGUUCUCUAUACUUUUUUGUAAAAUCGAAGACGAGACAAAUUAACGAACAACUCUCAAAAAACAAAAACAGAAAAAAAGACUAGACUAUGUGUGUUAGUUCCACAUACUUUUAGGCCAGCUUGUAUGUUGCAUGUUCUUGUACAGUUUGCUCGUACUGAAUAUGAAUACAAACCGAGAAAAGCCAAGCCAUCCCCGCCCCCUUACAGGAGCGGACCAAUUGGGGGGAGGGGGGGGUGGGUGGGUGUCAAGUCAACUCCACCCAGGCCACGCCUACCACUCUGGGUCUAAAUAUCCAUAUUAGGAAGUCUCCAGAAAAAAUUAUUUUGUUUCACUCUUUCUUUGAACCCUUUGAACAACAGUGCUGUUCUGUAGUACUGAGCAUACUCAAGCCCCUGGUGUAUCUGAGGAUGUAGGUGUCUAAACUGUAGUUUAAGACAGCUGGGGCUAGAGACAGAGAUAGAGAAUGUGUGUAUAACAGCUAAAUGUAUAUGAAGUAUCAUUAUGAGUUUGACAGAAAUGAUAAAGAUAUAGAUAUACGAGUAUAAAAAGAGUGAAAUUUGACUGUACACUCGUCACCAAUACACACACAUGCACACCUUGUACAUACAAAUCAGGAUGAGCGGUUUGAACUUAAGUUAUGAACAAACAAAACAUCGUUGACACACAAACAUUCCUGGUCUUGUUGAGGGGAGUUGAUGCGUCCUGUUGAUGUGCUUGAGCUGCUGAGCGGCACAGAGCCACAAGGGGGCGCUAAUAGGCCUUUAUAUUUGUCCCAGUUGAAGAAAAAAUUAACAGAACCAAUUAGAACAAGGUUUAUUUUCUUCUCUUUGAAUACCCUUUCCCCAUGUAUUACUAUUGGUUUGGACUGGACUUCUAAAACCAAUGAGAAAUCUGGUUUUGCAGACAUAUUUUGCGGAUGUUUCUGUUGAAACCCUUGGCGGUGUGGCCGACUGCCCUUUCCUUUGUCAGUAUUACUCCAGGGAUACUGAUUGUUUACAGCCCAUGGCUCCCCACUCCCAAACCACGAUUCUAGACGAAAGACGAAGUAUUCACUGCAACAGUUCUUGUUUGUAUAACAGAUGUGGCUCUACUGAUGUGUAUGUUUUAUAUUCAAGAGUUCAUUUUUAUUAUUUACAAAUAAAAGACUGUGUGGAAGAAGA